AUGUCUUCUGUUCGUAAAAAUACAAAAUCGAAAUGUUCAAAUUUAAACUGCCGCAAAUAUAGUUCAGUUCACACACAACAACCGGCUGGACCCGUUAGAGAAAUACAAAUAGAUCCUUAUAUAAUACUUGAUGAUGAGCUGAAAUAUUUUUAUGAUGAUGUCAGAGAUCUUCUUCAACAAGGCACACGUCAACCCGAACUUGAUAAAAUAGCGUCGUAUUACUUUGAUGGACAAGGCAAAGCACUGAGGCCCAUGGUAACAAUGCUUAUGGCCAAAGCGAUAAACUAUCAUUUAAAUAAAGAAUCAAGCCUUUUGGUACACAAACAACGACAAAUUGCGCUUUUUUCUGAAAUGGUGCACUCUGCCAGUUUGGUGCAUGAUGAUGUUAUCGAUCAAUCUGAUUUCCGGCGUGGUAAGCCCAGUGUUAACGCGCUGUGGAAUCAUAAAAAGGUCACAAUGGCUGGAGAUUACAUAUUGUCAGUUGCUUCUAUUAUGAUUGCACGUUUGAAAAGUAAUGAUGUGACCAUAAUAUUAAGUAAAACACCGAGACCAAGUAUGGUCAAUGGUAAUAUGGUAUUUUCAUUUGUAGAUAUGGUAUUUGAGAUACCUUUCACACUACAAUACAAAGAGGAUACAUUAAGUUUAACAAAAUGUUUGAAACGUGGUAAAGAGGAAGUUGAAAACUAUCUCUUCCUUAUAUUUCCAGACAGCAAGACCAGACAGCAAGACCAAAUAUGGUCAAUGGCAGCAAGACCAAGUAUGGUCAAUGGUAAUAUGGUAUUUUCAUUUGUAGAUAUGGUAUUUGGCAUACCCUUCACACUGCAGUACAAAGAGAAUACAUUAAGUUGA